AUGGCACAAACACAAUCGACCCCGCGCAUUGCUCGCGUGCCGUACACGCUGCAGACGGCGCCGAUGGAUUCGAAGGCGGUCUUCGAGGCGAUGCCCACCCCACUCAAUAGGCCACGGAAGCUUUCCCAGGCGUCUACCAUCACCGUCACGAGCGUCAACAGCGCGAGAGAGAGCUUUGAGACGCGGUCCCGGAGUUCUUCAUACAGCAGCAACAGGACGAGCAUCGAUUCGAGGGAUUCCAGCAUGUGGAGGCCCGAGUACAUGUAUCAACGACCGAGUCAGACGACCAUGUUUAGGAAGAAGGCAAAGCCUGGGGAGAUCUUUGCGAAGCUGCCGGGCGAAGUCCUCGAGCUGAUUUUGGACGAACUCAAGAAGGCGCAUCUGGAUAAGGGCAGCCAAAGCUGUGCGACCUGUUGGAUGCGGGAUCUAUCUUCGGUCAGCCUGACAGCCAGGAAAUGGUGCAAGUUCGCACGAGUGGCUUUGUAUGAGGACAUCCAGCUUGUGGGAGCCGACUCGGCGUCCCAGAAGAAGCGACACAAGCUCACCUUUGGCACGCGGAUGAUGCUCCUUAGGCGGACCCUGAGAGCAAAUCCGCAUCUCGCUGGCAUCGUCCACACCCUGAAGGUCCCCAGCCCCCCUACCGGGAUCGCGUUGGAGGAUUAUCACAAUCAGGUGGCGGCGCUGAUCAUGGCCUGUCCCAAUUUCGAGCGUCUCAUCGGCCUCCACCCCCAGUAUAACCAUUCGUUCAACAAGCUCACUCACGCGUUGUCAACGCGCAAGCGACUCAAGCAUAUGGACUGGAUCGUCGAACCCUCCCCGUUUCAGAGACAGCACCGGUUCAAGACGAGCUCGGGCGGCAAGGCUGCAGCGUUUGCUCAGCCGGCUCGCGAUUAUUCGGUGACUCCCGGAGAUCUGCAGCCGCACCAGAGUGCGACCUUCCUCGAUUUCCACGUCGACUGGGCUCACCUCACGACGCUGACGAUCCAUUGCCUGCCCGGCGCGACACUGACCCCAGACAACCUCAUCAGCUCGGCGUUAAUGCACCUGACGUCCCUGCAGCACCUGUUCCUGUCGCGGAUACCGGUGACAUCCUUCAACGACGGCACCCUGCUCUCGCUCCCCCCCUUGCGUACGCUUUCUCUCACACACGUACCGGGUGUCACCAGCAGCGGUAUCUCGGCCUUGGCCACCCUGCCGACGAGCCAGGCCAUUCAGAGACUGACUCUGCGCCACACCAACCUCGAAUCCCUGCCCGCCCUGGCCCGCAUCUUCUCUAACUUCACCUAUCUCGAGGCCUUCACUCUCGUCCAGAGCUUCGCACCCACGCUCCCCGAGGACACUUUUAUCUGGCUUAUGCCAUACCUUGCUUCGACCUCCCUCCGCAAACUCCACUGGGAUAUCACGAGCAACACGGCCAACGCCAACGCCGCCGAUUCCAUCCUCGCGCGCAGCAUCGCCGCUGGCGGUUUCCCCUCGCUCCGGAGUCUGCGCACCCCCAACGACCCGGAAGGCAUCUUCCAGGCCCUCUGUCGGCCACAGGAGAGGGCCGACAGCGCCAAUGACCGAUUCCGCGGGCCCAAUGGCCCCGCCAGGAGCUCCUCGUUCCCCGCACCCCCGAACGGCAACAGCCCCGGGUCGCCGACGAAGCAGUCCCGCUCACCGACGGCACCAGCCUCGCCGACGUCGAUGGCGACAGCCGAGAUGUACCGAGAGUGCGGCAACCUCCAUCAUGCGCGGCUCGCGGCACAGGCGCGGCUCGAGGCGGCGCGCGCGCUCCCGCGGUUCUUUGUCAACGUCAUCGACGAGGACGGCACGGUGCUCGAGAAACACGGGCUCGCCGGGUUCAUAGGCACGGCAGAGAGCCGCAUCACGUACAACCUGUGGCCCGACGCGGGUGCGAGGGAUGAGCGCGGGGGCCUGGUCGAGAUGGCGGACCUGAUGGCGAGCAACGGUGAGGACGUGGCGGCGAGCGGGAGAGAAGGUUGUCAGGGCCGGUGGAACGCGUCGCCGACUCUGCCGGAUAAGAAGGACAAGGAGAGGUGGUGGCACACCGAGAGGGGACGGUGGUACCAGCCUGAACUGGCAUGA